AUGACCCUCAACUGUCAGACGAAAUGUUUCCCAGAGUGUAACUACACGUGGACACAUAACACCGCGGUCAUUGCCGGCAACACCUCACAGCUGCCUAUAGAGAGCCUCACGUUCUACAACAGCGGGGAUUACACUUGCAAUGUGGAGAGCGAUUACACCACGAUUAGCCGCACAGAGAAGGUUUCAAUCCUCGUGUACAGGACUCCCACACAGCAGAUCACAUGCGGAGCAGCGGAUAAAGGAACAGCAGUGGGGUUGAUGUGCUCCUGGGCUGGUGGGGUGCCAGACUCUGUCCUUCAGCUGAAGGUCGGACAGACGAUUGUCAAUGCGACAAACGAGGGGAAUGUCACCAUCACAAAGGAUCAGCUCAGCUCCCGAGAGAUCUUCACAUGUGUUGGACGCCAUGUUGUCUCUGACAGUCAAUGCUUAUAG